CUCGCCCAGUAUGCAGUGUGGCCUUCCCAGCUGCGCAUCAUCAGUGGUGCCAUGAUCCAGUUAUAACUGUCGGUAAUGCCGAGCCAAAUAACCAAUCCUGGAGAUGCCGAAGAGAAGAGAUAUUCUUGCCAUCGUGUUGAUCGUGUUACCCUGGACUCUGCUCAUCACUGUUUGGCACCAAAGCGCUAUAGCUCCACUCCUCGCCAUCCGCAAGGAUGAUGGUGUCGAGGGCAAGAGGGAGGCUGGUGGCCAGGCGCAGGACUCCAAGGAAUACUGUGCCUCAGAUAAGGACAUUGUGGAGGUGGUGAGGACUGAGUAUGUGUACACGCGGCCUCCACCCUGGUCCGACGUGCUGCCUACCAUCCACAUCAUCACCCCCACGUACAGCCGACCGGUGCAGAAGGCGGAGCUCACGCGGCUGGCUAACACCUUCCUCCAUGUUCCCAACCUGCACUGGAUCCUGGUGGAGGACUCUCAAAGGAGAACGCCUCUCGUAACGAGGCUCCUCCGAGAAACAGGGCUCAACUACACCCACCUCAAUGUCGAGACGCCCAGGAACUAUAAGCUGCGGGGUGACACUCGGGACCCCAGAAUUCCAAGGGGGACCAUGCAGAGGAAUCUGGCCCUGCGGUGGCUGAGGGAGACCUUCAACGCCAACAGCAGCCAACCUGGAAUUGUCUACUUUGCUGAUGAUGACAACACAUACAGCCUGGAGCUGUUUGAAGAGAUGAGAUCGACUCGGAAAGUGUCGGUAUGGCCUGUGGCUUUUGUGGGCGGCUUGCGGUACGAGUCCCCGAAGGUCAAUGCGGCUGGGAAGGUUUAUGGCUGGAAGACAGUGUUCGACCCCCAUCGGCCCUUUGCCAUCGACAUGGCCGGCUUUGCUAUCAACCUGAGGCUCAUCCUCUUCAAGCCACAGGCGUAUUUCAAACUCCGCGGGGUGAAGGGAGGAUACCAGGAGAGUAGUUUGCUCCGGGAACUUGUCACACUCAACGACCUGGAGCCUAAAGCAGCCAAUUGCACUAAGAUACUCGUUUGGCACACAAGAACGGAGAAACCCGUCCUUGUAAACGAGGGGAAAAAAGGAUUCACAGACCCCAACGUGGAGAUUUGACCAUCCCCCUCCCCCAGACCAACGGUGGUUGGCCUUGGACCUGAAGAGGAGGGGGGGAAAAACGCCAGUCUCUUGAUAAGUGC